GUUAUCAGGAGGUUACGAGAGAGAGGUGAGCCGAUCAGACUGUUUGGGGAAACGGAUUAUGACGCGUUUCAACGGCUGAGGAAGAUAGAAAUUCUCACUCCUGAAGUGAACAAGGGCCUGAGAAAUGACCUGAAGGCUGCUUUGGAUAAGAUUGACCAGCAGUAUCUGAACGAAAUUGUGGGCGGCCAAGAAGCAGGAGACGAUGACUCACAGAAUGACUUGAAAGUCCACGAGGAGAAUACUACCAUUGAAGAACUCGAAGCUUUGGGAGAAUCCUUAGGACGGGGCGAUGAUCACUAUGAUAUGGACAUCAUAACGAAGUUCUUGAAGUUUCUUCUUGGAGUUUGGGCUAAGGAGCUGAAUGCCAGAGAAGACUACGUGAAACGGGGAGUGCAGGGGAAGCUGAACAGCGCCACUCAAAAGCAGACAGAAUCGUACCUGAGGCCGCUCUUCAGAAAGCUUCGGAAAAGGACUCUUCCUGCAGACAUCAAAGAAUCAAUAACAGAUAUUAUUAAAUUCAUGUUGCAAAGAGAAUAUGUGAAGGCGAACGAUGCCUACCUUCAGAUGGCUAUUGGAAAUGCUCCCUGGCCUAUUGGCGUCACUAUGGUCGGCAUCCACGCGCGAACAGGUCGUGAAAAGAUCUUCUCCAAGCAUGUAGCCCAUGUCCUCAACGAUGAAACUCAGAGGAAAUACAUACAGGGGCUGAAGAGGCUGAUGACCAUCUGCCAGAAGCACUUCCCGACGGAUCCAUCGAAAUGUGUGGAAUACAACGCCUUGUGAGCCUCUGCGGGGUCCCAGGCCUGACUCGUGUUUGCUCUCC